AAAGAUCAGGCUCAAUUAAAAGGUUAUUCUCUCUCUAACAUCACAUACAAUUGUCAGGCAGUUUUAGCAAAUGGGGCGGUUACAAUGAAUCAAAGAUAACUUGCUCCAUAAAACCUCCUCACUUCUAAAUUUGUAAUCUUCUUUACUUCUCAUCAAAGUCUUUCUCCCAUUACUUAAACCCUUUCAUUCUAAAUUCCAUAAUCAUCCCAAAACAUUAACCAUUCUAUUUCAUCACAAAACAAACUAAACAUCUAUCGAUCUAUCUAUCUGUCUACGCUUAAAAAAAGAACCCGGAAAAUAUGGGCCAUAGUCAUGGACAUGAUUGGGGUCCGGUUUUUAUUGCAACAAUCUUGUUUGUGCUUCUUUCACCUGGGUUGUUAUUUCAAGUUCCGGGUCAUCAAAGGUGUAUUGAAUUUGGGAAUUUUCGUACGGGUGGUGCUUCCAUUUUGAUUCAUGCUCUUCUCUACUUUGGUUUCAUUUGUAUCUUCUUGAUUGCCCUUGGUAUCCACAUGUAUUGGGGUUAAUUAGGUUGAAUUUUUAGUAACAUGUGAGAGCCUGAGAGGGUGAUUGAGCUCAUGUAUGAGCAAGUUUCUUUUGUUAUCUAUUCAAUUUUAGUAUUGUUAAAGAGAUAUGUCGUCAUUUUUAAAUUAAUCGAGAUUUGAAGUAUGUACCUUUAUAUUAUGGCACUCUUUUGAAUUAA